AUGAAGAAAGCAAGACGAAUUACCGAUAUUCCGUGUCUUCACGAAGAGAUUCUUGGUGUUAUUUUUUCAAGAUUACCAGUUAAAACUCUGCUGCGAUUGAAGUACUCAUAUAAGGGCUAUUGCGAUCUGAUUUCAAGCCCCUGGUUUAUGACUCUGCAUCGCAAGAGGUUUAGUUCAGACCCUGAUAACCAUUGUAUCUUUGUUCAGACUGGGAAGAUAAAUCGUUUGAUCCGUCUACAAAAUCCUGGCAACUUGAUAAAGCUUAAUGAACCCUGUAGGACCGAUUAUACUGUUAUAGGUUCAAUCAAUGGCUUGAUCUGUCUAGUUACUAAUAUUGCUUCCCGUCAAUGGAUUUGCCUAUGGAACCCUUCCAUAAAUCAAUACAAGAUGUUCCCUGUGCACAAUGAUAACCCUGAAAAGACACGCAAAUGUGAUGUUAGUAUGGGUUUUGGAUAUGAAAAAGGUUCUGAUGAUUACAAGGUCAUCAGGGUUCUAAGCUAUAAAACAGGUUGGCCAUUGACUAUACUUGAGAUUUACUCAACAAAUUCGGACUCUUGGAAAGAAGUGAAGUCUCAUAGUCGCUUAAUUAAAUUGAAUACCUGCUUCUGUAAUGUAAUUGUUGAAGGGCUUACUUACUGGGUUGCCAAGGACUUGGAUGGAAGUACUGUUCUUGCCUCGUUUGUUUGGAGUAUAGAGAAGUUCUUCAUAAUUCCUUUACCGGAAGAAGUGAUAACUAAAUCUCAAACUUUUGUGGCCACGAACUAUCAUGGGUCAUUUGCAUUGCUUGCAUACUCUUCACCCAGCAAAUUCAAGGCGUGUGUUGACGUUUGGGAGAUUGAACUUGAUAUCUCUGCAGAGGAGUGUGACUGGAAAAAGAAGGACACCUUUCACACGGAUUUUGGCUUUUCAAUGCAUUGGGGUCUUACUGGUGGAGAUAUAGUAGUUGAAAAUGCUCCAAACAUGCCCUUCUUGUUCAACGUGACAACAAAACAGAUGUGGGAAAUGGGAAUAAAUCCUAUUCUUUCACUUUCCAACUAUACUGAGAGCCUUGUAUCAAUUAAGGGGUUCAGGCGUGUCCGCAAUCAACUGAAAAGGAAGAGGAAGGCUUCAAAUCCAGUAAGAGCAAGAUUGAGCUAA